ACGCUGUACUUCCCUGUUCCUGCUCCUCCCAGCUCAAAGAUGGCAGCCAUGGGACAGAGAUGAGAGACGACACCAAUUCAGGAGUUUUGACAUGAAACAGCACUGGGGCGGAACGUUUUAGCGGUUCUCUGCAUGUUUUUGACAUGACAACGAUAUAAUUUGUGACUACCCAAUGUGUCGCGCUACGAAGACAGCUAAAGGAUUCGGAAAUGGGAUGUUUUCCUGUAGGCUAAGCUAGCAAGCCACGGUUAGCAAAUAAAUGAACUUGUCUCUUCUGCUAUACAAGAAGCAAGCAGCUGCUCUGCACACGGUGUACUGACAUCUUGCAAGCUCAGUUUCAUCAUGGCCAUCACUCAGUUCCGUCUUUUCAAGAUCUGCACAUGUCUAGCCAGCUUACUUUCUUUCUUCAAAAGGUUGAUAUGCAGGAGUGGUAGGGGUCGAAAGCUCAGUGGUGAUCAAAUAACUCUCCCAACAACGGUGGAUUUUUCAUCAUCUGUACCAAAAAAGCCAGAGAUUGAAGAAUGGAGCUCUUGGGAUGAAGAUGCUCCUACAAGUAUCAAGAUUGAAGGUGGCAAUGGAAACGUUUCUCCUUCACCCAAUGACGUCGAUGAAGAGCCUGACUACUUCAAAGAUAUGGCUCCCACCAUCAGGAAAACACAGAAGAUAUUGCUGAAGAAAAGGGAGCCUUUGAACUACCCGGUGCCUGACGGCUCAGCAGGUUUCUCCAGCAGACUGGCAGCCUCUCAGGAUAUGAUGACCUUCAGUCCACCCUCAGCGGAACUGGGAGAGAUGGACACAUGGCAAGGGGAUGCAAACGCCUGGGAGGACGAGUCUGAGGCUGCCUGGGAAGCAGAGGAGGUGCUCAGACAGCAGAAGAUGGCUGAGAGAGAAAAGCGGUCCAUGGAGCAGCAAAGGAAGAAGAUGGAGAAAGAGGCUCAGAGGAUGAUGAAGAAGGAGCAGAAGAUUGCCGUCAAGCUCUCGUAACAUUUUUAGAAAUGCUCACUUUCGAGCCAAAGGGAUUGGGUGGGGGCAAAGACACUAAAUCAUCCGUUACUCUGUCUUUAAAUUCAUCAGACCGGCCAGGAUUAUCGCCCUUCGCCACUUACCUGUUCGCAAACUGUCCUCCUUCUCCACCUUGUUUCCACCAACAGCCAUUUCAGUCCGUUACCAGCUGCAGCAGUGUAAAAUACAUCGAGCACCCAGCGUACUCACUGAUCAUGAGGCAAGGUCAUUUUGGUCAUUGAGGAAGAGCUGUAUUUAUACAGUCCAGAUCAUCUUAGGUUAAAGGUUAGAUGCAGCAUUAGAUUCUGAUUAAAUCUGUCAGCUAGUGUAGAAAAAAAUUCUGUUUUGGUUUUUCCCAGGAGCAUUUGUAAAUAAACUGGUACCUGUGCUACCUUUUUGAAUCUCAAAUAGGGAGUACAAUUCCUUUUCUUUGUCAUAUUUAUAACCUCAAAGGACGAAGGAGUGUAAUUUAACGUUAAGCGUCACUGUAUACCAGUGACAUCCCUCUGCUUCAUUUGAUUCUUGUGUUUUUAUAUUUAUGUCGUUGUCUUAAAACUUGAUUUUCUUUUUUUCUAAUGGAUGUUGCUUGAUUUUUCACAUUAUCUCCCUUUGCUGUGCAGCCCUUGAUACACUGGAAGUCUGCAUCAAAAUGAAAGCAGAAAAAGUUCAAUGUGAUCAUAGAUAAAUGACCAUAGAUUAGAAUCUAGCCCAACUGUUAAUGUUAGCUGUGGGUUCCUAUGGUAAUCUCAUGGCUACUAAUAGAUCUUCUAUUUGUUCUCAGCCUUUGUCAUCUUUUCAUAUCAAAGGAAGCUAUCCAGUUAUCACAGCAUUUUUAAAAUGUGUUUCUUUUUUACCCUAGGGGGAGGGAAUGUUCUUCUGCUCUUAAAUAGUUGAUACACUCACUGCUCAGGCGCUGUCUUCAUAAAACAUGGAUCAGCAUCAGCACAGUAAUGUCAGACCUGGUCAUGUUGCCCAAUAAGGAUUUAAAAUAAAGUGUUGCUCAUUUUCUCAUCAAAGCUAACACAUGAAGUUGAUGGUUUUGACUCAGCAUCCUGUAAUGCACUGCUAUAAUGAAAUUACCAGGCAGGGUUGGAAAACAUCAGUACCAGUGCCAAUGGGCAAGCUGUCAUGGAAACGUUGGCAGGUGAAGAAGGUCUCUUAUAAAUUUAAAUGUGCAGACAUGAUACAAAAUGUCUCUAGUCUGUAAUGCCUGGAAUUGACUCAGGUGGAGCUGAGAGAGGCACAUGUCUACGUUAAAUGUUACAAUUGGAAAAGCUUUGCAAGCUCUUAAAUGCGUCUAAAGAAAUACUGGAUACAUUUUACACAGAAGUGAUUUAUUGACACACUCAUGAGGUGCUGAUUCUGUUAAAACAUGAAUGAUAUAAUGAAAUGAGUGCAUGAUCAGCGCUAAUACUUUAAUUCAACACAGGUGGGGUUUUUUGUUGUUUUUUUGUUUUUUCAAGGGAACUCGGCGAACUAUCUAUGUGGGUCAGUGUUUUCUUUGGAGAGGCUUUUUUUUCCCUUGGUUUUCAUUGAGAAACGCUGCAUGUGGUUCUGUUCUGUCAUUUUGCACAUUUAAGUUUUUUCCAAAACUGAAACACAGAACCCCUUUGUUUCUCAUCCUUUUCCUGUCAUUGAUGUGUGAGACAUAGUGUUAUGGAAUGCUCAUGGUUGAGCGGGAAGGACUUCAAAAGCUCGAUCAGUUCUGAAGGUUUGGCAGAUUGUAUGCCUGCUGUAUUAGUCCUACACAGGUUUUUAAUAAAAUGAUUUGAUUCAUACCUCUC